GCCGGAGUCGGGGGCGGGGCGCGGAGGGAACCAGAUCGAGGCUGGGGGAGGCCCGGAGCGCGGAAGCGUAGAGGAGGAACGACCUGGCCCUGAUGCCUGACCACGGGGAUGUGAGCCUCCCCCCGGACGAGAGGGUCAGAGCCCUCAUCCAGGUAGGCAGUGCGGUGGAGGUCAACGAAGAUGUUCCGCCCCGCCGGUACUUUCGUUCAGGAGUGGAGAUCAUCCGCAUGGCGUCCAUUUACUCUGAGGAAGGCAACAUCGAGCAUGCCUUCAUCCUCUACAACAAAUAUAUCACGCUUUUUCUUGAGAAGCUACCAAAGCACAGAGACUACAAGACGGCAGUCAUCCCUGAAAAGAAAGAAACUGUGAAGAAACUAAAAGAGAUCGCAUUUCCCAAAGCGGAAGAGUUGAAGAAGGAGCUGCUAAAGAGAUAUACCAAAGAAUAUGUGGAAUACAAUGGGAGAAAGAAGAAGGAAACAGAGGAGUUUGCUCGAAACUUGGCCAUCCAGCAGCAGCUGGAAGAGGAACGGCAGAGAGUAGCCCAGCAGAAGCAGCAGCAGGCAGAGCAGGAGCAGUUUCAUGCCUUUGAAGAAAUGAUCCGUCGGCAGGAGCUGGAAAAGGAGCGGCUGCGGAUAGUGCAGGAGUUUGGGAGGCCAGACGCAGCUCCUGAGGUUCUGGGUGGUCCCCUGGUGCCUGGUGUAGAGAGGCCCCCGACAGAAGUGUUUCCUCCAGCGCCUGGCCUCCCCAGCCCGUGGCCAGGGCCAGCCAAGCCCCCGGCGGUGGACAGAUCCUUGAAGCCCGGAGCUCUGAGCAGCCCAGAGCAUAUACCCACAGUAGAUGGACUUCGCCAUAUGGUGGUGCCCCAGAUGCUCUGCCCGCAGUUUCUCCAGUUGGCGGAUGCCAACACUGUCCGUGGUGUGGAGACGUGCGGGAUCCUCUGUGGGAAGCUGAUGAAGAAUGAGUUCACCAUCACCCACGUCCUCGUCCCCAAGCAGAGCUCAGGCCCUGAUUACUGCAACACAGAGAAUGAGGAGGAGCUGUUCCUCAUCCAGGAUCAGCAGGGCCUCAUCACCCUGGGCUGGAUACACACUCACCCCACGCAGACAGCCUUCCUCUCCAGCGUGGACCUGCACACACACUGCUCGUAUCAGAUGAUGCUGCCAGAGUCGAUUGCCAUCGUCUGCUCCCCCAAGUUUCAAGAAACAGGAUUCUUUAGGCUGACAGACCAUGGACUGGAGGAGAUUUCUUCCUGUCGCCAGAAAGGAUUUCAUCCACACUGCAAGGAUCCCCCUCUGUUCUGUACCUGCAGUCACGUGACCGUCGUGGACCGAGCAGUCAUCAUCACUGACCUUCGAUGAAAUGUUGGCCUUAACAACUUCCAGUUACUGUAAAAGAGCUGUCUUCUCUUUGUCCUCCAGAAAUGCUUGGGAGCUUCAGGGGAGGUUUGCCUUUAGGUUUCAGGGGUUUCUAACUGAAAAAAGGAAUCUGACAUCAGCCAAGGGAGAGCUGGCUGUUCUGUGCUUUGAGGUGAAGAAGAAAUGACAGAACGCAAUUCGAGAUGGCAUUUGAUUCUGUUUUUCACUGACAGUACUAACCUAACUUCUCUAACUUAGCUCUCCCCCUUCUCUCUUUCUUUGUCACUGGUUGAUUUGUUCCCAGUUGAACAGAUGGAGGGCAUGUGUACGGGCAGAACUGUGCUGACCCAUUUAAGGGUCUUUUCUACCCUCCUGCAGUUUUGAAAGGGUUAAGCAUGCGGACACUUUAAAAAUGUGAUACCGUGUCCUAUGGCAGGGAGUCACAUCCUUUGGGGAGAUUGCGUCCCUGCCAAGGUUGGCCUUGACUCAGGGCUCGGACAGAGCAAGGGGAGGGCAGAGAAAUCUCACCAGGUGGAUCAAGGGAAAACACAAGAGCUCACAGAACACUUUUGUGCGGCUGGCCAGGGAUAUUUUUGUUGUUUUUUAACAAAUGAUUCCAGAGAGUUUUUUUUUUCCCACUAAAAUAAAGUAAUUAAAUAAACUCAACCAUUACCCUCUGCUCUGGAGUAACCGGCUAGAGCAGGAGUGUGUUUAUACACUGUUAGGAAUAAAGACUUGGGCCUGGGGCCCAAGGAGAGAACUGG